GAGAGAGAGGGGAGAAUGCAGCCUCUGUCUCUGCUCUCCUUCCGUUUGUAAGAUCAGGCUGCCUCUGCUCGUUUCUUCCCUUAAAUGAUGGCCACUGCCGCGUUACUCCCUCCAUCCAUUUCGCCGACCCAUCGCGGAUGUUAGGACGGCUGUUGAAAAAUCGACACCCUACGUUUCAGAUAUGGCCCAUAUCGGGGCGUUCUGACACAGGAACGGCACCAAGUGGAUGAUCUAAACGCACGUUUAGGAGGACCGAGAGGGGAGAGAGCGGAGACUAUUGUGCACCCAGGGUCUGCGGAGAGAGAGAGGAUAGCUCGAUGGUCUGUUGGUGCAGAAAAUUCGCCAUUGUCUGGAUGUGCAAAUCUCCGGCGAGCCCCUGAGAACAGACGCCCGAUCGACUCCUUUCCAUGAACAACAGUAGAGAUACCAUGAUCUCAUCGGUGCCUCGCGUUUUAUAUCUGCUGUGCUCUAUCCAGACCAUUGUGUCCUUCCAGGUGUCAGUUAAAGAGGAGGACUGGAUCGUAGUGACCCUGGAGCCAUCUGACCUGCGGGAGAACGUGACGGGGUAUGCUGCCCGGGUGAUGGGCGAGCCCCGAACCCACCUGCUACCAUUCCUGAACCUGACCGACCCCACCGCCACACCUCUGGUCUUUAACUCCUCCCACCACGGACUCUGCUACACCGUUAGCCUGCUGCUCAGACAGGGGAAGACCUGGUCCAAGUCCAUCCAGACUGUAUCUGUUCUCACCAAGCCGCGUCCGGUGGACAGUGUGGUGAUCACAGACUACCGAGAGGCUCCAGAGACAGGUGUGGUGUUUGAGAUCAGCUCCCCAGAGAACAACAUCUUCAGUCGGGUCAACAUCAGCUACGCAGAGGGCCGGGAGCAGAGAUCCAUGCUCUAUAAAGACUUCUAUAAGGGAAAGACUGUGUUUAAACACUGGCUCCCUGGGACGUGUUACAGCAACAUCUCCUUCCAGCUGAUCUCUGAAGCUACAGUCAACAGAACCACACUGGUCCGACGCAGCGACCUGACCCAUGAACCCUGGCAACACAGGACAGUGCCCAACCCUCCCCUCAACAUCUCCCAUAAGAUCGUACCACUCAGCCAGAGGGUGCUACCAGGGGGGGUCCCUAGCUCCGAGGUGACCCAGGACACGCCCCGGCGGGCGCGGGAUGUCCCCCUCAUAGAGGAACAGGAAUUACAGGAGAACCAGGAGAUACAGGAAGUGAUCUCAGAGGAGGUGGUGGGCGGAACCACCCAGGUCUCCUACAGCUCCGCCCCUCAGGGCUCCAACAGCUCGACAGGCUAUGCCACCUCUAUCUCUAACACUAACAACACAGAAGAAGAGACCGCCACGCAGCCCUAUUGGCCGGAGCCCUACGGUAGUCCCUCCCCUACGGAUGGAGAGGAGGAGUUUGUGAACGCGGUGGUUCCAGAGUAUGAGGACUCCAAUGAGCCGGGCUCUGCCAUGAGCCUGCCCCCAGAGAUCUCCGUCACCCCCACCCGCUUUCCCCCCAUACUGCUGGAGCUACGCUGGCUACCCCCCCGACCCCCCACCACAUACGACGGUUUCAACGUCUACAUCUACAGAGACGGUAACUCUACAGAGACGGCCACCGUGGAUGAGAACACUCAUGAGUUCUUCACGGAGCUGACAGAGCCUGGUACCUACAGAGUCCAGGUCACCACACUGAGCUCCGCGGGAGACUGUGAGGCCAGGGAGAGCAUCGCGUAUACAGGGCUCACCUUCUAUCUCAGCCCCAGUGGAGAGGUGCUGGAGCAGCCCCAGGAGCGGCCCCAGGGUGUCAGCAUCAGGCUGCUGGGCUCCAGUACUGCAGUGGUGUCCUGGGCCCUGUCCUCUGAGAGCCACAACGGCAGCCUGGUGUCAGUCCUGUCCCUGACCUGCCUCCGACCCAGCCUCAGCCAACGCAUGGAGAACACAUACUGCAGUGAGGAGAACACGACCAGUGACAUCCUGUCCAACCUGACUCCAGGUGCCCAGUACAGAGUGGUGGUGUACCAUACUAACGGUCCUCUCAUCAGUCCUCCUUCCGAACCUGUUAUCAUAGUCAUCGAGCCAACGGGAGUGCGGGAGCUGGUGGUGUAUCCUCUGAGCCCGACUGCAGUCAUCCUGUCGUGGCAGAGACCGUACCACGUGGCGUUCAGGAAGUACGUCCUGCAGACAUUCUUCUUCAACCCUGUCACGCUGGCCUCCGAGUGGACCACGUACUACGAGAUCGCUGCUACCGCCUCAGUCAUCGCAUCUGUGAGAGUGACAGAUCUGUUGCCGGCCUGGUACUACAACUUCCGUGUUACCAUGGUGACGUGGGGCGAUCCCCCUCUCAGCUGCUGUGACAGCUCUACUGUUAGCUUUGUUACAGGCCCCCACAUCUCGUCAGUAGACUACAACCAUGGGACUCUGUACGUCCGCUGGACCUACGGGGAGCUCUUCAUAGACAUGUCCCACAGCAGGAUGCUACACUGGCAGGUCACAGCUCAUGGCAAGAAGGGAUCCAAGAGGACUUACUCCACUGAUGUCACCCGUAAUGUGAUGGGUGCCAGUCUGGCCCUGCCUCCAGGAGACAUUUACAACCUGACUGUAUCAGCCUGUACCGAAGGCAAACGCAACUCCUCUGUCCCCAACAUCAUUAAACUGGAGCCAGCCCCUCCGCGGUCCCUGUACGCGGUGAACGCCACCCACUCCUCAGUGACCCUGCUCUGGAGCGGGGAGGGAGUGGUUGACUUCUACCAGGUGCUCUGUAAACCCACCAACACCAUCAACAAGGACCUCAAGGCUCGGGAGCCUCUAACAGCCCAGUCCCAUGUGGUGACAGUGUCCAGCCUGCUACCCUCCUCCUCCUAUAACUGCAGUGUGAUCAGUUAUAGCUACAGUACGCCCAGCGAGCCAGCCUUCAUACACAUCUCUACUACAGCCAGAGAGAUGAACCCCAGCGUAGCUGCCAUCUCUGCUCUAGCAGUCCUCAGUGUCCUCCUCCUCAGCCUGCUGGUCCUCUUCCUACUGAUGCUGCGUAAGAAACACCUGCAGAUGGCCAGGGAGUGCGGAGCAGAAACAUUUGUCAACUUUGCUUCGUUUGAGAGAGACAGCAAACUGCCCUACAACUGGAGCAAGACUGCUUUAAAGAAACGGAAGCUAACAAGCCCUGUCCAGAUGGAUGACUUUGAUGCGUACCUCAAAGACAUGAGCAAAGACUCCGCCUACAAGUUCUCUCUGCAGUUUGAGGAGCUGAAGAGCGUAGGUCUGGAUCUUUCCCAUGAUGCAGCAGACCUACCUAUCAACAGACCCAAGAACCGCUACACCAACAUCCUGCCGUAUGACUUCAGCAGAGUGAAGGUGAUCUAUUUACAUAACGACGAGGGAUCAGACUACAUCAACGCCAACUACAUACCAGGUUAUAAAUCACCCAGAGAGUACAUCGCUACCCAGGGCCCCCUGCCUGAGACGAGGAACGACUUCUGGAACAUGAUCCUGCAGCAGAAGAGCCACAUCAUUGUGAUGCUGACGCAGUGUAACGAGAGACGCAGGGUGAAGUGUGACCACUACUGGCCAUUCACAGAUGAGCCGGUGACCUACGGAGAGAUCAGUGUUGAGAUGCUGUCGGAGACAGAGUCACCAGAGUGGACCAUAAGGAACUUCAGACUGGGAUAUGCUGACGAGUCUCAGGACGUCCUCCAUCUCAACUACACGUCCUGGCCGGACCACGGUGUCCCCACGGUCAACGCCAUCGAUAGCAUCCUGCAGUUCGUACACAUCGUCCGCCAGCAGGCCAACCGCACCAAAGAACCCAUUGUGGUUCACUGCAGUGCUGGUGUGGGCCGGACAGGGACCUUCAUCGCUCUGGACCGACUGAUGCAGCACAUCAGAGAACAUGAGUAUACUGACAUCCUGGGUAUGGUGUCUGAGAUGAGGUCUCAUCGACUCUCCAUGGUCCAGACAGAGGAGCAGUAUGUGUUCAUCCACCAGUGUGUCCUGCUGAUGUGGAAGAAGAAGACACAGUCCAUCACCAGUGAUGUCAUCUACGAGAACAUCAGCAAGUCCUAGUGACGCCACCUGCA